CAGUGCAAGUGGUAGAAAUGAAUGUAGGAAGUAAAGCACGAAAUGAAAUUUCGCAAUCUGACUCGAUUCAGCCUGAGCAGUGAGGAUACUUGUUCCAGUGCAGUGUCUUUCUGCUUUCCUUCCUCUCAGGGCCUUGCGUGUGGAAAGAAAACACCUAUUUUCUGCUCUGUGUUGUCCCAAUCAUGCUUCGCAGGCCCUCAACGGCACGCCUUUUCACGCGUUAUCACCGAUGCGUAUCAUCAAGUCAACAAUUUCAGAGUCAACAACGCCGUAGCCAGCAGGUUACUCUCGCUGCAGCUGUCGCCGGUGGUGUAGGUUUGGCCGCUUACCUGGUGCUAAAAAAACAACCGACCAGCCAUGCUGCCUCGAAGCCGAUUGCGAGGGAAUUCUCUCUUCAAGACGUGGCGGAGCACAACAGUCUGGACAAGGGCGUGUGGGUGACAUACGGAGAGAAUGUGUAUGACGUCACUAGCUUCGUGGAGAGCCACCCGGGCGGCAUGGACAAGAUCAUGUUGGCGGCUGGACGCGAUCUGCAAGUAUUCUGGUCACUGUAUGCUAUCCACCAGAGUGACGAAGUGCGUGAAAUCCUGGACGAAUACAAGAUUGGCGUGUUGGAUGCUAAAUCACUGGCCGCAAAGAACAAAACACGAGAGCGAGCAGCCGACGACCCUUAUGCCAAAGACCCCGAACGCAAUCCACUGUUGACUAUCAACACAGAGAAACCAUUCAAUGCUGAAACUCCAGUAGCGUUGCUGACAGAUAGCUUCAUCACCCCGAAUGAGCUCUUCUUUGUCCGUAAUCACUUGCCAGUGCCGAACGUAGAGCCAAAGAAAUAUGUACUGGAGGUGACUGCACCCGGUAGAGAGCCACUGAAGCUGUCACUGCAAGACCUGAAGGAGAAGUUUACUAAGCACACGGUAGUGGCAACACUGCAAUGUGCCGGUAAUCGUCGCCGACAGAUGACCGAUGUCAAGUCCGUAAAGGGACUGAGCUGGGGAGCAGCAGCCAUUAGCAAUGCAGAGUGGUCCGGUGCACGUUUGCGCGAUGUUCUGCAGUACGCCGGCCUGGAUACGAGCAGCACCGGCGACGGCAGGUCUGUGAAGCACAUUCAGUUUGAAGGUCUUGACCAGGGUGUCGACGGCAAGGCGUACGGUGCCAGCAUCCCGGUCCGCACCGCGAUGGAUCAGUACGGUGACGUACUGCUAGCGUACGAGAUGAACGGCCAGGAGCUGCCGCGUGACCAUGGUUACCCGGUGCGUGCCGUCAUACCCGGUGUGGUCGGUGCACGGAACGUCAAGUGGCUGUCACGCGUCAUUGCCAGUCACGAGGAGAGUCACUCGCACUGGCAGCGCAACGACUACAAGGGCUUCUCUCCCGGUGUCGACUGGGACACGGUGGACUUCACGAAAUCACCGGCCAUACAGGACCUGCCGGUCCAGUCAGCGAUCUGCGUGCCGUCGUCCGGAACGAAGAUCUCUAGCGACGACGAAACCUUGUCGGUGAAGGGCUAUGCGUGGAGUGGCGGUGGCCGAGGUGUGGUGCGCGUCGACGUGUCAAUUGACGGCGGUAAGACAUGGUGCGUGGCUAACCUAGUCACCGCCGACGAUGGCAAGCAGGAUCAGGAGUCCCGCCAGCGCUGGGCGUGGGCUCUGUGGGACGUCGACGUUGCCAUUCCCGAGGAGCUGCGUGGCAGCGGGCAGCAGCUGGACGUGAUCUGCAAGGCGGUCGACGAGUCCUACAACAACCAGCCCGAGUCGGUGGAGCCCAUCUGGAACCUGCGCGGCGUGCUGAACAAUUCCUGGCAUCACAGCAAGGUGUUUGUCAGGUGAACAACACUAGACGCGUAUAGUGAUAGUGUCAUGACUUAGGAUGACUGCACUCAUAGGUGUAUGUAGGUAUCGGUAUAGGAUAAGAUGUGUCGGAGCAGGCUCUUCUCACAUUCGCAUUUCUGUUGUUAUUUUCUAUCGUUUUCUUAUUCGGUCUCAACACCACGACUUAUAGCGAUCGCAUUGUUUUUAAUCACACAGCUGUAUGAAACUAUAUACUCCAGUCCGCUUUCAGGUUCUGGGUGAGUUCAUUGACAAGCCGUGUAGGCAUGACUCUGGAGUAAACCCCUUGAUGGCAAGUUCUCACCGGCAGCAACGGUGCAGCAACAUGCAUGUACCAAUAAUUACUAUAUCUUUUAUCAUAGUUCCACGGCUGUGUUGCACUCUCAUGUGCAGGUCACUGUCAUAUUAUUUCAAUGUAUUAAUCUUGAGUAAUAAGUCACCACUCGUUCUUUGGUUCUGAAUUUUAGUGCAAAACUGCCAAAAAAAACUGCCAAAAUAAAUGUACCUUUAUUCA